AUGCCCACCCUCAUCGUCUCCAACUUCAACAUUGCCUGUGCCGUUCUGGGUGGAUUCAUCACUCUCUUUGGCCUUGUCAGUUAUCUGUUUAAGGAGCGUUUCUAUCUUUCCGAAGCAUUGAUAUCACUGGUCGCCGGCAUCAUUUUCUCUCCGCAUGCCACCAAUUUCAUCAAGCCGCUGGAGUUCGCGGGUGGCUCGGUGGAGAAUCUCGAAUACAUCACAUUCUACUUCUCUCGGCUUGUCCUGGGCGUGCAGCUCGUCCUUGCCGGUGUCCAGCUCCCGAGUCGCUACCUGUACACCGAAUGGAAGCCUCUAGCCCUCCUGCUCGGACCGGGCAUGACGGUUAUGUGGUUGUGUGCCAGUCUGUUGAUCUGGGCCAUGGUCCCUCACUUAAGCAUCCUCCACGCCCUGGCGUGUGGUGCUUGCGUCACUCCCACCGAUCCCGUCCUUUCCAAUUCCAUCGUCAAGGGCAAAUUCGCCGAUAAAAACAUCCCCAAGCCCUUGCAAAAGAUCAUCAUUGCCGAAUCAGGCGCCAAUGACGGCCUCGGCUAUCCCUUUCUGUUCUUGGCCUUGUAUCUGAUCAAGUAUACACAGAUGGGCGGCGCCGGGCAGCCGGGCGGGGCGGCCAAAGCUAUGGGCUACUGGUUCGGAGAGACAUGGGGCUACACGAUCUUACUCAGUGUCGCCUACGGCGUUGUUGUGGGUUGGAUCGCAAAGGAGCUCUUGCACAGGGCCGAGGAGAGGAAGUUCGUCGACAGAGAGAGCUUCUUGGUGUUUGCCAUCACUUUGGCCCUCUUCAUCACCGGGACGUGUGGAAUGAUAGGCUCAGAUGACGUCCUCGCUUGCUUUGUGGCCGGAAAUGCCUUCACCUGGGAUGAUUGGUUCCGCAUCGAAACAGCCGACGACUCUCUGCAACCUACAAUCGACAUGCUGCUUAAUAUUUCAGUCUUCCUUUGGUUUGGUGCCGUCUGCCCGUGGGCCAGUUUCCGAACUAACGACAUCGUUCCCAUCUAUCGCUUGAUCUUCCUUGGUGUCUUGAUUCUCCUUCUCCGCCGGCUGCCCAUCAUCUACGCUCUGCAUCGAAAUAUCCGGCAAAUUGACGAUGUCCACCAGGCUGCAUUUGUGGGAUUCUUCGGCCCCAUUGGGGUAUCGGCCAUCUUCUAUCUCUAUGUCAGCCUGGACUUCCUUGGCCAGAUCAAGGUCGAUGGAGAGGUCCGAGAAGACGCUCAGCAUCUCGGAGAAGUCAUGCGAGUGGUAGUCUGGUUCUUGGCAAUAUGCAGCAUCGUCGUCCAUGGGCUCUCGGUCCCACUGGGUAAACUUGGCUAUCACCUUCCAAGAACCAUGUCUCAAGCUCUCAGUAGCGAGAGAGAGGAGGAUGAGCCAGACUUGUCUCUCCAUCAUCAUCAUGAUCAUCAUCAAGCAGGGAUACAACUGCGUCGGAGAAAGAAUCCAGGCCAGGGCGCCCGUCCGCCAGGCCCGGGGGCUUUCAUGAUCGGCCGACCACACCCACAACAUGAUGGCGGACUGGACAGUCCGGCCGAACCUCACCGGCCCGUUCAGAUCAUUGACACUCCCCCAGCCGGUGCCCAAACACCAGUCAAGGAAGAGGUGGAAGUAGAAGGAUCCGCAGACAGACAAGUCAAAAAGGAUGCUGCGGCCAGUGCAACGAUGUCAGGCCAAUGA